AUGAACACAUUCAGAAACAAUCUCAAUGAAGAAAGAGAAAAAAGAAUGAAUAAAAAAAAAUACACAAACCAAAACAACCAUUUUAAUAAUUUAGGAAGAAAUAAUAAAGUAAAUAUUAAGAAUAUUAAAACCUUGUAUAAUAUUUUUUCAUAUGUUGAAAAAGAAAAUACACAAGAAAAUGAUAAUAUUAUAUUAAAUGAAUAUCAAGUUAAUUCACAUAUAAAAGAAUCUUCCAAUAUAAAACAAACAAAAAUUUGUAGCAAAACAAAAUAUAAUUAUGAUCAAAGUUAUAUUGAAAACUAUGAUUUUUAUCAUACAGAUAAUAUAAUAAAAUAUAAUAAUAUGCAAAAUGUUAAUAUGAAAGAAAAUUAUUCAGUGCAUACUUUAUAUAAUCAUCAUACAUAUUUACAUGAUAAUAAAAAUAAUGAGGAUUAUAAUAUUUUUAAUAUACAUUUACAAAAUGAAGAAAUAGAAAAAAACAAAAAAAAAAAAAAAAAUUACACAACACACUGUAAUAUAAAGGACAACUUAUUUAACCUUGAAAAAACAAAUAUACAAAAUAAAAUUAAAGAACAAGAAAAUUUUCAUAAUCUUCUAGAUAUUCAAAACAUAGACGACAACAAAAAAAAAAAUAAUAGUAAUAAUAAUAAUAAUAAUAGUAAUAGUAAUAAUAAUAAUGAUGGUGAUGGCAAAAUAAAUAAUGCAGAAGAUAUUUCUCUUCAAACCCAUACCCAUAAAAAACAAAAAGAAUCAUCUUUUAUUAAUGGAACAAAUGAAAAUUUAAUAAACUGGUCAAAUGAAACUAAUAAUAUAAAAAGUUCCAAUAACACAAAUGAUGUUUAUAACAUUUGUCAUAUUAAUAAUGUUGACAAUGUAAGUACCAAUGAUAAUUUAAAUAAUUCCUUCGAUAUUUUAUUAAACCUUGAUUUUAAUUAUAACGAAAAAAAUAAACAUAUUAAUAAAUAUAACCAUUCUGUAAAUAAUAACACAACAAGUGAAAACUAUACAUAUUCAACAUUCUCAUCUUUAGAAAAAAAAAAUGAACAAGUAGAACAAAUAAAUCAUGAUAUUUUUUCAUUCAAUAUGUUACAAAAUGAAAAAAAUAUAAUGCAACAAAAUGUUAUUCAUCAUCAUGAUCUUCAUAACAGUAAUAAUUAUAAUAAAAUAAAUGAUAAUAAUAUUCAUACAGUUUCUUAUAAUAAUAUUAAUUUAAUAAAUGAAGAUAUAUUUUUUACAAACAAUUGCAAUGAAAUAAAAAAUAUAAUCAAUAAUGAAAAUCAUUCCAUACACACAAAUGAAAAUAUUAAUUCUACAAACCAUUCUGAUAUUAUUAAUUUAUAUACUGAUAAACAUAUUCCUCAUAAACUUACAACUCAAAAUGAAAUGUAUGAUUUACUCAAUUUUGAAAUGAAUGACCAAAAUAUAUGCCAUAAUAAUACAUACACAUAUCAACAUCAUCCAAAUUUAAAGAUUGAAAGGUUUCAAGACAAUGCAUCCAUUUCUUAUGAAAAAGAAAAAGAUAUAAUAUUAACACAAAAGAAAUCAAACCAAAUAAAUUCAGAUAUUCUUCAUUAUAAUUUAAAAGAGUGGGAAGAUAUUUGUAAAGAUAAAAAUUAUACAAAAAGGGAGUAUAUUUUUAAUGUGGAAAUGGAUACUAAAAAUGUAAAUAUGGAUACUAAAAAUGUAAAUAUGGAUAGUCAUAAUGUGGAAAUGGCUAGUCAAAAUGUAGAAAUGGCUAGUCAAAAUGUAGAAAUGGCUAGUCAAAUUGUAGAAAUGGCUAAUCAAAAUGUAGAAAUGGCUAAUCAAAAUGUAGAAAUGGCUAAUCAAAAUGUAGAAAUGGCUAGUCAACAUAUAGAAAUGGCUAAUCAAAAUGUGCAUACUUUUAGUGACAAUUUACAAAUGGACAAACACAACAUUUCCAUAAUUAAUGAUAAUGUUGGAAUUUCUUGUGACAAUGUUCAAUUGCCUAUUCAAAAAAACGAUAGAGUAAAUGAUCAAUUUUAUGAAAAUUGUGAUGAAUUAUUUUAUGAGAAUAUUGAGAAUGUUGACCAAAAUAUAUAUAGGAAAGAUUUUUUUUUUUUCAAUGAUUAUAAUAAUGACCAUGAAAUUUAUUGCGAAAAAUUCUCUCGAAGUAUAUAUGAAAACAGUUUACGUAAUGAAAAAGAGGAGAAAAUAAAAAAUGAUCAAUUAAUAGAAUUAAGUGAUGAUAUAUAUUCAUUAAAAGAAAAUUAUGAAGGAAGUGAUGAAGGUGUUCUUAUACAUAAAAAUAAAAUUAAAAAUGAUCAUGAUCAUGAUGAUGAUACCUUUUCAUUGGAUAUGAAUAAAAACAGUUCUUAUAUUAUUUCAAAAAGUAAUAAUGUGGAAGAGGUGGAGGAAAAAACAAAUUUGUCUUAUGAUAUGAAAGAGUAUUCUAUAUUUGAAAAAAAUGAAAAUUUUUAUGAUGAAAAAAUAGAUGUACCAUAUGAUAUACAAAAUAACAUUUCAUCUGAUUGUGCAAACUUAUAUUCAGAAAACAAUAUAAUGCCCCAAGAAAAAAUAAAUGUCAUAUAUGAUAAUAGGAAUAAUAUAUUUAUGACCGGUCAAUAUAAUAAUAAUAUGAUACAUAAAAAUGAUGAUGAUAUUGGAAUACAUUGUAUGGACUAUUUUAUUGAGAAAAAAAAACAGCCACAAAUAAUAAAUGAUAAUGAAAAUAAUUCUUUUUUUGAAAUAAUUGAAGAAAUAGAAAAUAUUAGUAAAGAUAUCAUAGGAAAUAAUAUUAAUGAUGAAAAUAAUUAUGUAGAUUUUUCUAAAGAUAUUAUGAAUGAAAUUAAAGAGGAUGAUAUAGAAAAGGGCAAUAUUAGUGAUCAUUUUAAAGAUCUUGAAAAUGAACAGAUUGAAAAUAUACAAAUGAAUAGUAAUACAAUAAUAAAUAAUAAUAUUAUAACAAGUGAUAUUAUGGAUACUAAAAAGGAUACUGUAAAUAUGUACAAUAAAAAUAAAAAGAUGGAUGACCAAAAUGAUGAUCAAAUUAAUAAUCCAGUGGAUGAUCAAAAUGAUGAUCGAAUUAAUAAUCCAGUGGAUGACCAAAAUGAUGAUCGAAUUAAUAAUCCAGUGGAUGAUCAAAAUGAUGAUCGAAUUAAUAAUCCAGUGGAUUAUCAAAAUGAUGAUCGAACUAAUAAUCUAGUAGAUGAUAAAACGAAUGAUCAAAUGGAUGAACAGAUGGAACAUGUACAAUGUGUGGACUUUACAACAGACAAUAUUCAAAAUGUGUACACCCAUAUAAGCAAAAACAAAAAAGAAAAUAAUUAUAACAUGUUAAAUUAUUUCGAAAUAGAAAAUAAAAAAAGAAAAAUGAAAAAUGAAAAGCAAAAGGAACCAUUUAAUUUGUCUAUUGCAUAUGUUACUUCUAAUGAAUAUGACUUAAAAUGUUAUGAUGAUAUUUACAAUAUUUUAAUGAGAAAAAAUUAUUUAGAUAUCUUUCCUAUUUUUGAAGAAAAUAAAAAAUAUAACUUUCAUUAUAUGAACAUUAAAGAUUUCCAAAUAUUUUUAAGAAAAGAAAAAAAUAUUAUGAAAAGUGGUUUUAAUGAAAUGUACGAUUAUAAUGAUUAUAUACAUUUUUUCAUUGAAGAUAUUUUUCAUAUGAAUAUCAAAGACUUUUUCUUUUUUAAUAUAUAUAUAGAUAAUAUGAAUAAAUGUAUUACGAAAAAGAAUAUUUUAAUUAAUAAUAUUAGCAAUUCACAUAAUUUCAUUAACGAUUUUUAUCAAAAACAUGAGAAGGUACUUACAUUAGAUAUCUUUUAUAAAAAUAUAAGUUAUUCACUUUACUUUCUUAUUUUUAUAAAUUUAUUAACACAAUUAUGGGAAAAGUUAUCAUUCGAUAUAAAACAAAUAAACCCUAAUAAAUUAUUAAAAUCUUUAAUUAAAUAUGUAAAUAAGAAAAAAAUAGUUCAAGUGCUAAAAUGUACUUAUUUAUAUCUUUAUAACAUAUAUGAACAGUUAAAUAAAACAUGUAUUGAUGAAAAGAAAAAGAAAAAAAUUAUUAAAAUUAUUAAAAAAAGUAAAAGCUUUAAAUCAAUUAAAAAAAAUAUAUACAAAAUUAAUAACUCCUGUUUUCAUUUGCUACUAUUUUUCUUGCCACUUUCGGUUCCUCCAUUUAAGAACAAAAUUAAUAUUUAUGAACACCUUUUAACCUAUUUUCUUAAAAAUAUUAAUAAAAUGAUUUUCAAAUAUAUAAAGGAUGAUAAAAAAGGUUCCUUUUUUACUAAUUUUGAAAUGCAUGAUUUGAAGAAGAAUAACCAUCAUCAUCACAAUAAUAUUGAAAAGAAAAAUUAUACUCAUGAUACAAAAAAGGGAGUUGAACAAAAUAAUAAAAAUGUUCAAAAUAAUAUUUAUUAUAAUGCUAAAAAUAUGGGAAAUUAUAAUGGAAUAGAAAAAUUUUGUACACGUCAAGACAAUGACCAGAAUAUAUGUACAGGUCAGGUAAAUGUACAAAAAAUAUGUACAAGUCAGGUAAAUGCACAAAAGGUAUGUACAGAUCAUGAAGAUGAAAAUUUAAAUUUAAGUAUUGAGGAAGAAGAUAUAAGUAAUUUUUCUGUGAAAAUUUCAAAUAGAGAUCCUAUAGAAAAAGUAGAAGAUUUAAGUAAAGAAAAGAAUGUAGAAUAUGAAACUUUAUUAACAAAUGAAGAGGAAAUAAAAUGUAUAGAAGAAAAGACAGGUACGUUCUUUAUAAAUAAUAGUAUUGAAAAAGAAUUAGAUAGAAAUAUGAAAUAUAUAGUUGAUAAUAUUAUACAAAAUAGUAGUAAGAAUAUAUGUUUAUUAAAAAUAAAGAGUUUAGAAGAAUUAUUUCUGUAUUGUUUUGAGAUUAAUAAAAAUGAUUAUAUGUCUAUUAAUAAUUUAACGAAUGCGAUAAGGUAUAUAAAAGUUAAUGAUAAAAUAGAAAUAAUGGAGAAAUUAUUUGAAUCAUAUAUAAAAAGAAAUAUCAAUUUUUAUAAUAUAUUUUUUAAAAUUAUAAUUCCCCUUGUGAAUAGAAUAACAAAUAUAUUUGAAAACUUGGAAACCUUAUUUACGUUAUAUAUAAAUUAUAAUAUUAACAAGAAAAAAAAAAAAUUAUUUUAUUUUUACGACCCAUGGUUAUAUGGUUAUGAUGCCUUUUUAUCAUUCAUACAAUUGGAGGAUAUAAAAAAUGUGGGUGAAAAUAAUAAGGAUUUAUUUUAUAAAAAAAAAAAAUAUAUAUAUAUAAAUGAAAGAAAAGAAUAUAAUAAAGAUGAAAGUAUACAAAAUGUGGAAAACGAUUUAUAUUUAGAUGAUAUGGUAAUAGAAAAUAUAGAUGACUUUUUAAUAUACUUUAGAGACCUUGAUAAAAAUUUUAUUUCAAAAAACAUAUUUGAUACUCUUGAUAAUAUAUAUAGUAUAAAAAAUACUAGCCAUUUACUUUCUAUUAUUAAGAACAAACAAGCAAAAAGGAAAAGUAAAAUAAAUACAAAAGAAAAAGAAAAAAUAAAAGAAAAAAUAAAAAGGAGACAAAAAAUAAACCAAGGAAUGAAUAAAUUAAAUAUGAGAAUAUAUUAUUCUCAUAUCUUAAAUUUGUGUAAUAAUGAAAGUUAUAUAAAAAUAAAUACAAGAGCAUUAAAAUAUUUAUUCUUUAAUUUGUAUUUCAAUUAA